AUGGUAAAAGCAGGAGUUUUGCCAAAUGUUGUUACUUUGAACUGUUUGUUGGAGGUUUUAUUUGAAAAUAGGACUGAGUCUGCUUUGGAUCAGUUUAGGAGAAUGCACAACAAAGGGUUUAGUCCUAAUAGUAGGAAUUUUGAGAUAAUAAUAAAAUGUCUCAUUUUAAGCAAUCGAGUGGAUGAUUUGGUUAUCAUUUUAGGCAAGAUGUUUAAUGCUGGAUUUGAGCUGGAAUUAAGUUUCUAUACCUGUAUAAUACCACUGUUUUGUAGGGAAAAUAAACUAGAGGAGGAAAUCCAACUGUUAAGGUUGAUGAAAGCUUCAAAUCUUUUGCUGGAUGAGUUGAUUAGAUGUAUGUGUGAGAACCAUAGAUUAGAUGAUGUGAAUAAUCAUCUUGAAGAGAUGAUAGAAAAUGGUAGAACACCCUUUGUUGAUGUGCUUGUUGAUCUAGUAGCAGGACUUUGUGCAAUAGGAAAAUUCAAUGAGGCUAUGAAUUUCUUGGAAGACAAAUGUGGUUACGUAACUUCUCCAUGCAAUGCUAUGCUUGAAGGUCGUUGCAAUGCUGGUCAAUUUUUUCUGGCAAAAAGUAUCUUUGACAAAAUGGCUGAGAGAAACGAGUUAGUGGAAGGUCUUUGCCAGGUGGGAAAGAUCAUGGAGGCUGCUGAAGUAUUUCAUUACAUAUCGAAGAAUGGAUUCUCCCUCCAUCCUUCUUCUUACAAUAUGCUGAUAGGCGGCAUGUGUGGCAUGGGACAAGUGGAUAAAGCAAUUAGGCUACAGGAAAAAGGUUGGGUACCAGAUGCUACAACUCAUGGACUCUUGGUUGGGUCUUUCAUCAAAAGAGAUACAGAUCGUGAAACAUUUACAUUGAGGAUUCCAUGCAAGAUAGUGUUAGCAACAUUUUCUCUGAUGGAUUGGGAAAUACAUGACAAGUUCCCAUCGUUGACAAUGAAGCUGUAUAAAGCUGGUACUAUUUUGAAGAAUAUGCGCUUGACAGAGCUUACAUUAGGUGACAUACUUCAGAUCUUGAACAUGGUAAUUACCACAAAGAAAUGGAUUAUUCAUAAUCAAGCAGGAUGGCAGCCAUUUAUCCUCGCUGUUACAGAGUGCAGCCCUGAAUUAGGCGCUAAAUCUGGUUCAUAA